AACCCAAACCAUUACCGCAUUUCUCUUCACUGUAUGAACUCCAACUACCAUCUCAAUAACCAUCCUUUCAAUUUCGAAAUUGCCAAAAACACCUCAAAACGCAAACGAACACUCACUGGAAUGCAAGCCGUUUCGGUUUUACCCUUGUCGUCUAAGAUUAUGGAUUCUUCCGUCGAAAUCGCUGAGAUUUCUGGAAAGUUCGAUCACGAUUUCAUGGCCAAGCUCAAAAUCGACGAAGAAAACGUGCAAAAUGAAAACGAAAACGAAAAUGGAAACGAAGAGGAAGUAGAAGAAGAGGAGGAAGAAGAAGAGUUUAGCUUCAUGCUCGCGAAUCCCGAUGGAUCGCCGAUCUCCGCCGACGACGCCUUCGACAACGGCCAGAUUCGUCCGGUGUUUCCGAUUUUCAACCAAGAUCUUCUAUUUUCCGACGUUUACGACGGCGCCGACGGUCUCCGGCCGCCGAUAAAGAAACUCUUCGUGGAACAGCAGUACGAUUCUCCAUCUCCAUCGGCGGCGCCAGCGCCGGAGGGUCCUUACUGCGAGUGGACUCCGAAAACGCCGGGGAAGAGCAACUCGACGGGGUUCUCGAAGCUGUGGAGGCUCCGCGACGUGAGGCUGCGGAGCAACAGCGACGGCAAGGACACGUUCGUGUUCUUGAAUGAGGCGCCGGCGGCGAAAGCUGAGAAGGCGAGAAACGUGGUGGUAAAGAAGGUUGAGGUGAAGAAGGGGAAAACGGCGUGGUCGGCGCACGAGAAGCAUUAUGUGAUGAAUAGAGCGAGAAAAGAGAGUGAUAAACGCAAGUCUUAUUUGCCGUAUAGGCAAGAUCUGUUUGGGUUCUUCGCCAAUGCUAGCGGAUUGAGCAGGAACGUUCAUCCUUACUGAGAUCGUUUUUGCUCUCAAAGAGAUACAUCUAAUUUGAUUUUAAAAAUUUUAUUUAUUUGUAUGUAAAUCAAUGUUUGGAAUUCACCAAGCUAACUAUGGAGUCCCUUGUUGUCGUGUAAUUAAAAUGUAAUAUUUGCGUGUAUCAUUUUUUGUAGAUGGAGAAUUGGAUAUAUGCAGAUAAAAAGUAAUUUUGAUUAACGAU